AUGUGCAAGGUAUUCCUAACGACGCUUACGGGGCCAGCACGGGCGUGGUUCAAUAGCUUGGAGGUUGGAAGCAUCAGAAGUUUCGGAGACCUUGCCAAUGUUUUCAUCAGCCGGUUCAUAGCUGGAGUGCCGGCUGACAGAAAGACUAGUUAUCUGGAGACGGUCAGGCAGAGGAGGAAUGAAUCCUUGAGGGAAUAUAUAGCCCGUUUCAAUACGGAGGCCCUACAGAUCCCUGAACUAGAUGAAGGCAUGGUGGUAGAAGCCAUGCAGAAAGGGACAACCUCCCCCGAGUUCUUCAGCUCGUUGAGUAGAAAUCCCCUUACCUCAUUAGCAGAACUGAUGAGGAGGGCUGAAAAAUACAUAAGGCAGGAUGAUGCCUUGAUGACGAGCAGAUUUGCCAAGGAGGCAGCAGACAGAGAAAAAGCCCCGGAGGAAAGGAGGUCGGAAAGACAUGAAAAGAGGCAAAACAAAAAGCCUAAAACGUGCAGACAACCCUGGGACCGGAGGGACCAAAGACCAUUUCCCCCACGGAUUCUUGAGACCCUGACCCCUCUCAAUGCCUCCCGAGCUGAAGUGCUCAUGGCAGUCCAAAACAAGGAGUUUCUCCAAUGGCCCAAACCCACAUGA